AUGCUGGCUGUGGUUGUAAUCCUCUUUGCAUUUUUGUGGAUGCCCUACAGGACCCUGGUGGUUAUCAACUCUUUCCUGUCUCGCCCUUUCCAAGAAAAUUGGUUCCUGCUGUUCUGCAGGAUCUGCAUUUACCUAAACAGUGCUAUCAACCCUGUGAUUUACAACCUCAUGUCCCAAAAAUUCAGAGCAGCCUUCAAGAAACUCUGCAAAUGCCAGCAGAAGCAGUCGGAGAAGCCCAACAACUACAGCGUGGCCCUAAACUACAGCGUCAUCAAGGAGACAGACCAUUUCCACACUGAGCUAGAAGACAUCACCGUCACAGACGCUUAUCUGUCAUCCACCAAAGUGUCUUUCGACGAUACCUGUGUGUCUUCUGAGGUAAAGAAGCACUACAAAGCUUUAAAUGUGUCCUUCAUCUUAAGGUUCAUGAAAAAGGUGUAA